AUGAAGACGGAGAGUAUGGUGCAAAACAUUCCGUUCGUCGGCAGAAAGCGAAGUCUGAUCGAAGAUGCCCGGAAAGAGCGCGCCAGCGGUUCAUCGUCCCCUGGCCCAUCGCGGUGCGGUGAAAACUUUGUGUUUGAGGAAAAGGAAGGAAACGUGACACUGAACAUUCUUUUCGCACUCAGCCAUGAGAAGAAUGCAGGGUUCUUUAAAACUGGCAAAGUCUUUGAGGUAAGGAAAGCAUGUUCAUCAUUAUAUAUGAGUUGCAGAUGGAGAGCUUCAAUAAAUCAGGUCUACGGCAUCGAAUCAAUGUGAUAAAAUAUAAAUGUGUUUGCUUAAAUAUGAUAUUUAUGUCUUUACCAUGCAUUCAGACGUUUGAAGCAAAGCUUCUGCAUAUUGAGAGCCGACCAGGGAGGAAGUCUAAGAACAGUGGCUGUGAUGAUCUGGAGUUCUUUAUGAGGUGUGAAGUGCACAGCUCCGACACAAACAUCUUCAUCAACUCACUCAAGAGAGUCGCCGACGAUGUACGCACCAUCCCAGAGGAAAAAGGUUAUAAUAACAUUAUAAUGAAAUAAUAAUCAUAAGUGUCUAAUAAUAGUAAUGUUUUUAUUGGUUUUGUUAUCGUUUAGAAUACAAUAACACCUAAUCAUUUAAAAUUGUGUGAAAUAAUUAUGCUCUGCAUAUUUUUCCUGUUUCCUUGUUUUAGUUCCCUGGUUCCCCAGAAAGAUCAGAGAUCUGGAUAAAUGCAACCUGUUGAUAACGAAAUAUGAUCCAGAUAUGGACCAAGAUCAUCCAGUAAUUGUUUAUUUUUACCUUAGGCUACCAUUUAUAUGACAUUGAUACAAUAUUUGUAAAAUUCACUUGAUUGUUAGAAAUAAUACUCAACUAUCAAAAAUGAUUAAAAAAACAAAAACAAAUUAUGGCUAACUAAAUUACUCAUUUUUCAGGGAUUCAGUGAUCCAGAAUACAGAAAAAGAAGGUGCUUCAUCGCUGAACUUGCAGCGAAUUACAAACAGUAAGUAAUUGAUCCCAUAAUUUUCCCCUUUCAAAAAAGUGAUUCCCAUGUUGUCAGUCGCUCUUGGAUGCCAGCACUGCAUCAUUGGACCAAAGGCAUUACAUUGUAGUAAUGCAUUAGUAAAGGAAUGAUUGAUGCAUUGAUCUCUGUUCCACAGGGGGGAACCAUUACCCAGAGUGGAGUACACACCAGAGGAGGUGGCCACAUGGUGAGAAUAACAGCUCAUGUAUAGUAUACUGGAGAUGGACAUCGACCACUAGUCUUCUUUCAUAAUGAUAAUAGUCUACAGUCAAUAUACCUGUGGAGUUCGAAUGACAGUGUUCUAAUGACUCUGCUGCUGCUGUCAUUUAACAGGAGAGAGGUAUACCGGACCCUGAGGACCAUCUACCCUGACCUGGCGUGCAUACAGUUCAUGGAUGGGCUGCAGCAGCUGGAGAGGGAGUGUGGCUACGGAGAGGACAGUAUCCCCCAGCUCCGGGAGGUCUCUGCCUUCCUCAAAGGUGAGGCGCAGCAGUCUAUCUCUGCCUGAAGGACAGAGCAAUGGCAGCACUAUGACCAGCUUCAAGGAAUAAAACAGACAACCGACAGAGGCAAAUCCGGCAUGCCCAUGACUUUCCAUUGACUGAGUAAUUCUGGUCAAUGACUGUGCGCACCUUAUAGAUUGAUUGUGUCUCGGUUACUUUCAUGUAGAUUGGUUACAACAGUAACAAUAACAUUAGGGGUUGUUCUCGUAUUGCAGAAACAGUCACCGUGUAUGAACAUCAGCAUGUAUGCCACUGGUGAAUAUGUGUAUGUCUGACAGUUGGCACCUUGCUAUGUGUUCUUGUUUGUCCAGAGAAGUCAGGCUUCCAGCUGCGUCCGGUGGCAGGGCUACUCUCCGCCAGAGACUUCCUAGCUAGCCUGGCCUUCAGACUGUUCCAGUGUACCCAGUACAUCCGCCACGCCUCCGCACCCAUGCACUCCCCCGAGCCGUAAGUCAAUUGGUGUUAUUGUCAUAGUAGGAUCACUUGAAAUAAUAAAUGUGCGUCAUGAUAAUCAGUUUACUAACUGAUCAUAAAUAAUAACAUCUGUAUGAUUCAUGUGUAUCAUGAUAAUGAGUCUAAUCAAUGGACAUAUUCACGUGCAUCAUGUAUUCACUGCUUUUGCGCUUCCUUCCCUCAGAGAUUGUUGUCACGAGUUACUCGGCCAUAUUCCUAUGCUUGCAGACAAAGAAUUUGCCCAGUUUUCCCAGGUAAAAACAUUUAGACUUAUAAUAUGGUUCAUAUAAUGUUUGGGAGUAAUAAUACAUCAAUUAUAAUAAUACAUUAAAUGUCAUAUCAUGGCGCAACACUCACAAUUGUUUGUCAUUUGCAGGAAAUCGGCCUAGCCUCACUGGGCGCAUCAGACGAGGAUAUUGAGAGACUCUCAACCGUAAGAGCUGACCUUUGAGCUUUCAUUUCAAAAUAAGCACUUACCAAUCAAAUUUAAAACAUUAGAUACUGCACUGGUUGGGUGUUGGACUGCAAAUAAUGGCCCUUUGCUGCCAUCUAGUGGAAAAUAUAAAAUACUGACCAAUCUGAUAAUUUGACUGAUGUGUUGUCAGGCGUGAAAUGAAGCCUUAUAAUUUCCUCAUCACUUGUUGUCAUUCCUCCGACAGCUGUACUGGUUCACGGUGGAGUUUGGACUUUGUAAGCAGAAUGGAACUGUAAAGGCAUACGGUGCCGGCCUCCUGUCCUCCUAUGGAGAACUCAUUGUGAGUAGGAUUUUACAUUGGUACUCUGUAGCUUUGUACUGAUAGAGGGGACUAAUUCCUAAUUUCUUAUCUCUGUUUUCAUAUAACAUGCCGCUAAACAUUUCUGAAGGAGUCUAAAAUGAUAACUAAUCACUUUUCUUAUUUCCAUCUUUCAGUAUGCUCUCUCUAACGAACCUGAGUACAAGCCAUUCAACCCUGAGGAGACUGCAAUCCAGCCUUACCAGGACCAGACUUUCCAACCUGUCUACUUUGUCUCAGAAAGCUUUGAGGAUGCCAAGAUUAAGAUGAGGUACAUCAAUGCCUACAAGUGGUGUAUGUCUAUAUGUGAGCACUUCAGUAAAUGUGUAAGAUGUGGUGUAUACCGUUUGAGUUGAUCUUGUCGCUCCUGGAUGCAGUGCAGCACUGGUUUUGGAGAGGAGACAGUGGGAACCUCAGGGGAUCUGAGUGAAGACACAGAAGUAAAUCAGACUGAAGGCAGCUGUUUAGGAGUUAGGGGUUAGAGGUUGCAAACCUGUACUCAUAAUUAGCAUAAUAUGUUUUGUAAUAUAUUAAUGUCAUCUGAAUGAGCUGAGUAUGGAUGGACAUAGAGAAGGGAUGGGCAACUCCAGUCCUCUGGGGCCGGAUUGGUGUCACACUUUUACCCCGUCCCUAGCACAAACAGCUGAAUAAACUAAUUGCAUUCUAAACUGAAGAUCAUGGUUAGUUGAUUAUUGGAGUCAGGUAUGUUAGCUGGGGCUGGGGCAAAAGUGUGACACCAAUCAGGCCCCUGAGGACUGGAGUUGCCCAUCCCUGACAGAGUAAAACACAUACAAUUCAAAAGGCACUAUGUGUGUGUAAGUGUGUGUAACCCAUCAUUAUGAGAGAGAUGAGAUGACUUGAGGAGACAGUCGGGGUCAUACUUAAAUUUAACCCAUAAGAGUCUAAGCCCUGUCUAAGCCGAUUUUUGGGAUGUCUCAUGGUCUGACAAACACCACUCUAGCUCUGUCACCUUUUACCGCAAAUGCGGAAGUGUUACAUAGGCGGAUGCAGUGCAUUGAGACACAUCUAAUGCAAAAACAGAUAUCUCUAGCUUAAACUGACAGAUUUUUUUAUUACGCUAAUUAGGGAGUUUUAAACAGGUUCUCCGGCACAAAAUGCAUAUUUCAGCCAAUUAAAAUCGUCUAUUUACUUGUACUUGACAGAACACUAAAUUGUAGCUGGUCCCAUCCGAUAACAUGGCACACGUUAGCCCUAUGCUAACCUCACCAGGUGGCACUGAUUAUAUCCUGGCACAAGUUCUGCAUCAGCCAAUUAAAAUUGUCAACGUGGUUGGACGUGUUCCAACACUUGUUCAUGGAAGCUUCCUUACCAUACCUCAGUCUAACAGCACGUUCUGAUCAUCAAAGCAACUAUCAUGUGUAUUUGACUGACUGGUCAAAUUGCUCUCUGUGUGCAGAGUCCACGUAAUUGUCGCAGAUUGUGGCAAGGGUUCGAAUUUCACAUGAGUUUCCCUCCCCCUUUGAAAUGUAGAUAUACAUGUACUGUAUUAGUGUGUUGAAAAGGGACACCUACAGCCAACAGCCUAGCAGACAAACAUACUGCUAUGGCCUAGUAAUCAUAUUGCAUAGGCUAUUUACAUGGACGUGUACACUUACAUUUAGGCCUACAAUGUUUUAUAUGCAUUUUUAUAAUCAUCAACUUUGUCACAUAUAAGUUAUUUGAGCAUUACAAAGUGUACAGUAGGAUUGCAGUUUGCAAUCUCGUUAUCAUCCUAAAGAUGGCAGUAUUACAGUUAUUUUAAAGAAGUUUAUCACACUUGGCUAUCAUUAGGAUUCUAAUGUAGCUACACAUACAUGCAGGCCUACAACAUUUUGUAGGCUAUGCAUUAUUAUGCAUUAUUAUAAUCAUCCACUUGGUUAAAUGCGUUUUGAAUUGAGCAUCAAGGACCGGCCGUGAAUAGUUUUUCCUCAACAAAAAAGCUUGAUAGGAGGGGGACUCAAACCCAUGGUGAACUAUCGAUUUCAAGUCAACCGCUUUGGCAGUGUAUGCCACCUAGAGGCUAUGAUGACAAUGAUAGUCUACAUGCUAUUUGACAAAUCCAUAAGGCUCUUCAUUAUUUUAUACGAUGUACGAUAAACUUAAAUGUUGUAAGGAUCUCAUAUAAUUUUUCCAUAAAGGCACAUGGAUGUGUGUGAAACAGAUAAACAAAAAUGUGGGAUUUUGUUAUAAAUGCGAAAACGUGAAAAUGUUGUCUAACAUUAGGAGUAGCUAGUAGUGUAGUCAAGGAUGCAUCAAUGCAAUAUUGGCACACAACAUUUUGUUACAGACCAACAGAACAGCAAAGAUUAUGGAUAUACUGACAAGAUACAUGUCUCUCCGCCCUAAAAACGGGAGUCGUUGUCUACAAAGAGGCACGGCGGGCUGUCUAGCUCCCGCCUAUCCUUUCUUUGGAUUGGUGGAUACAUCUCAUUAUUGUAAUCCUUAUCUGAAUAUUCGAUGAGGGUUAUUGACAUCAACCGCCUGUAUUCAAUUGAGAGAAAUACUAUGCUACAAGUCUCAUGUCAUGAAUAUCCAUAGCCAUUUUCGAGACAACUCCAAUAUAAAGUGUUUUUUUCUCAAAGUUGCCAGGAUGUCACGUGUCCUACUUAUAUUAGUACACUCAUAACAACUUAAACAUUACAUAAUUUUAUUCGAUCAAAUAAACCUCACGUAGCAAGUAAGCCAUUCAUUUCUUUGUUGACCAAAUUCGACACUCAUUGACCUCCAAACCAAAAAAAACGCACCUGCUGGAGGGAGACAGAUUUUCCACAGAGUUGGGUCUCUUGCUUACUCUCUGACAAAAGUAAACCUUGAAUUUGUAGGUUUAAAAUAUCCCUCUAGUGGCCAGGGUUGACCUAUUUUAAGAAAUGCCAUUGGUUGGUGGAUCUUUGAUAGGCUGAUGAAGAAUUUGUGGCAGGAUAUAAUCAGUGCCACCUGUUGAGGUUAGCAUAGGGCUAAUGUGUUCCAUGUUAUCUGAUGGCACCAGCAACAAUUUAGCUGUCGUGUGCAAGUAAAUCAACGAUUUUAAUUGACCGAUACGCAUUUUGUGCCAGAGAACAUGUUUAAAAUUAAAUGGUUGCUUAUUCGCAAGUAUGGACGCAAUGUAUUAAAACCUUAUUGUUCUACCUGCAGGCGGUACUCGUCGUCCAUCCAACGGCCCUUCUCUGUCCGGUACGACCCAUUCACCUGCAGCCUGGAGGUUCUGGACCAGCCCAGUAAGAUCCAGCAUGCCCUGGGCCAGAUGAGAGACGACCUGAAGAUACUACACAGUGCCCUGGAGAAACUGGGCUGA